UCCUCCCUCCAACCGCUAAACAAAGUAAACAAAAUGAAAAAUUUAGACAUUUCUCUAUUGCUCUCACCGUCCUCUAAUGGACAACUUUGUACCCAUUCUCGUUUCUUUCCUCCUCGUCUUGCUCCCCAUUCCAUCUUCCUCCUCAUCUCUCCAUCCUCGAGGUGACCUCAUCGUCUCCGACGACCUACCCUCCACCGUCUUCCAUUCCUCCCCUUCACCAUCUCCCACAACAUUUUUCGAAGUCCGGCGACCCAUCCCCGCCACAAAGUCCAAGCCUUGCUCAAUCCUAAUCCUCCAACACUCCUUCGCUUAUACCUACAACUCACCCCCAGUUACCUCCACCUAUUCCCCUCCCUCUCACUGCCCCUUUCAUUUCUCCCCUUCCCUCAUCGUCCUCGAAUGGUCUGCCUCCUGCUUCGGUCGUCAAUUCGAUCGCAUCUUUGGCGUUUGGCUCGCCGGCGUCGAGAUCCUCCGCAGCUGCACAGCCGAGCCUCGGCCCACCGGAAUCCUUUGGUCCGUCCGUAAAGACGUCACUCGCUAUGCAUCUCUUUUCUCAAAAACCCAAACACUUGCCGUCUAUCUCGGCAACAUCGUUGACCAAACAUACACCGGCGUCUACCACGUCAACAUCUCGUUCCAUUUCUACUUCGAUCACGACCGGACAGCUUCUUCGGCGUUUGAUUCCCCCGCUGAUCUAAUCAUUCCAAUAUCCAAAACCCUACCCUUGAACGAUGGGUUGUGGUUUCAGAUCCAGAACUCGAGGGAUUUGCAGGGAAAGGAGCUUGCAGUACCAAGCAACGCUUAUAGAGGUUUGAUUGAGGUAUAUGUUUCGUUCCAUUCUAAUGAUGAGUUCUGGUACACUAAUCCUCCGAAUUCUUAUAUAUCGGAAAAUAAUCUUACUGGAAUUGCUGGGAAUGGCGCUUUUAGGGAGGUGACUGUGAGUUUAGAUGGCUAUUUAGUGGGAUCUAUCUGGCCAUUUACUGUUAUUUACACUGGAGGAAUUAAUCCUCUACUUUGGAGACCGAUUUCCGCCAUUGGUUCUUUCGAUCUGCCAUCAUAUGAUAUAGAAAUCACUCCAUUUUUGGGAAAGAUUAUAGAUGGAAACAAGCAUUCUUUUCAGUUUGGGGUUACUGAUGCGUUGGAUGUCUGGUUCAUUGACGCGAAUUUGCAUAUUUGGUUAGACAGCAGGAGUUAUUUAACUGAAGGAAGUUUGAUUGAGUAUGAAGCUCUAGGGUUUACCCCUUCCUUGAUCUCUGAUUUUAAGGGUCUUGAUGGGAAUUUUGACACCAGUGCAAAGCGAAAGAUUUCUGCAAUUGGGUGGGUGAAGUCCUCCUAUGGAAAUAUCACUACUCAUUUCUUCCAAAAGUUAGAUUUUAGGAAUAAGAUGAAGUUUGCUGGCAACGGUAGCAUUCAGGAAGUGAACCAGAGCAUAAGCUAUAAUCAUGGAAUUUAUGCAAAGGAUCCUUCUUCAGUCUUGUACUCUGAGCAGGUUUUUCAGAGCUUUCCUUUGUAUCUAUACACAGGAACUUCCGACCAGGUUGAUGAUAGCUACUUGUCCAUUGCGAAUGUUACACUGGGAUUUAAUGGGGAGUGGAAGUACUUUGGAGAACAGUCCGGCCUAUCUCUUAGCACUCUGAGGAAUUUGCAAACUGGUGAGGGUGUUAUACAUGUGAAGGGAAACCUGGUAACUGGUGGUGUGGCGAGUACUCAGCAAGUGUACAGAUAUGAAAGCUCUGAUGGCUGCUACUUCAGAAAUGUUAGCAGCAAUAACUACACUAUUCUUUAUGAUGAACAGGGAGAGUCUUGCUCCAAGAGUUCUUGGAUUAGAUCUUCAGGCCAUUUUUCUCCUAAAUUGUUGCCGCUUAUACGGAGGAUGACUAUAUAACACUAGAACUAAAUGAACUGAAGAAUAUGGAUGUAUAUUCUUUACUUUGGUGAAAAAUUUUGAGGCUUGAAAAGAGAGAUCAUGAAUCUACAAAUAAGUGAAUUCUAUCUGAGAUAAGAAGCCUCAAUGCUCGGCCAUUUUGGUUACUUGCCCAUGACUGCGACAAAUAUGCAUGUAAGUUUUAAUUUCAGAAUGGUAUUUCCUACAGUUAAAAAUCUCUCA